AGAGAUAUUUUCUCGUGGGUUUAGUCGAGGCGGAGGAGCGGACUGCUGCGGUGUGACUUACCGCACUCAAGGGCGAAGAAGAAAGCGUCGUCUAUAUAGAGCGUGAGAAAGGAAGGGGGUGUUAGGUGGAGCAAUGGGGUCUGGAGAGAAGAGGCGGAAAGUGGCGGAGGCGCACGCGGUGGUGGAGAGCCGGGAUUGGGAGGAAGAGGACGAGAGGAAGGAGGAGAAAGGACUAGAUGAAGUGAGAUGGGAAAAGUUCUUUCCGAGGAUGCCGGUGAGGGUACUCCUCGUGGAAGGAGACGAUUCCACUCGGCAGAUCAUCGCGGCGCUCCUCCGGAAAUGUAGCUACAUAGUUGCUACAGCAUCAGAUGGCUUGAAGGCAUGGGACACCUUGAAGGAGAAACCCCAGAAUAUUGACCUUGUUCUGACUGAAGUUGACUUGCCAUCAAUUUCAGGUUUUGGUCUUCUUACCAUGAUAAUGGACCAUGAUCCAUGCAAGAACAUUCCUGUAAUAAUGAUGUCUUCCCACGAUUGUAUGGGCAUCGUUUUCAAAUGCAUGUUAAAAGGUGCAGCAGAUUUUCUCAUUAAGCCGAUCCGCAAGAACGAGCUUAGGAAUUUAUGGCAGCAUGUCUGGAGAAGGCAGAUUGUAAAUGGAGCUGGCGAUAUACAUGAAAUUCAGGACAAUUGUGAGGUAAAGCAUAAUCGGAAAUCUCAUUAUGGUAAAAUGGAAGAUUCUGUUGAGUGUGUGGCCAUCAGGCAAGCAAAUGCAGAAUGCAGUGAGCAAGGGAGUGAUGCUCAUAGUUCUUGUACAAGGUAUGACAUGGAAGCUCAAAGCGAACACAAGAAAAUCGAGCUGAAGCUACCGAUAGCACCUGGUGCAACCAUGGAUCAGAGUGGGCAGACUAUUCAAAUGAGAAAUGUAUUCAAUAAUGAAAGUUCAGCUAAAGUGAAUACAACGGUGGAGAUGGAGGUGAUACAAAAAGAGCGUCUUGACUGCAACAACAUCGACAAUGAAACUUAUGGCCAGAAACUCCAUCAAGACAGAACUUCCAAGGAUGAUGUUGAGUUGGUCCGUGAUUGCACAUGGAAGUCGAACUUUGUCCCUCAAUUGGAGCUCUUUUUGACACAAAACAAGGGACCCUUCUCAGAGAAGCAAGAAUGUGACAAAUCAAGUGCAUGGAACCAUUCGAGUUUGUCUGCUUUUUCACUCAGGGUUUGUUGCAGAUAUAAUAGUAAAACAGUCAUCCCUACAAUGCUGCAGCAGAAAAGCCUCGGAUAUGAAAGCAGUAGACUUAAGCCUGUUGAUCCUUCAAAAAUUCAAGGAAUCAGAAUCAAUGUUGAAGAGAUUAACUCUGCAUUUGGGGGAUCUAAAGUUCAAGAUGGGAGGGCAGUUCAAUGCACCCCCAUCCAAGUCACCCCAUUUUCGCUUCCAAUUGGAGACGGUUCUUUGGGUUUUGAGUGUACUAGCACAGUCAUGCAACAAAUGUUGCAUCCACUGUCAGGUCAGUCUUUUUGGGAUCCCACUACAGCAUCCAUAUGGCAGGAAGCAGCCAAACAACCUCACUCUUCACACAGACCUGACCAAGAAAAUCUCGAUGUGGCUGAUGGUAGAAGUUCAUCUUACAGUUCGGCAGAAAAGGACGACAAAACUACUGCGCUAGAUGAACGUAGGCAUGUUACAGCAGCAGCUGGAGAAAGUGGGGGUAGUAGCAAUUGCAAUAGCAGCAAUCUCAGUGGAACAAAUGUCUUCUGGCCCAUGGCAAUGACGGGAAAUGAUGAGGGCAAAAUUGCUUCUGAUGGAACAAAGCCAGCAGAUUGCCAUGGCUUAACCCAAAGGGAAUUGGCCUUGAAUAAAUUUCGACUGAAGAGAAAAGAAAGAUGCUUUGAGAAGAAGGUUCGCUACCAGAGCAGAAAAUUACUCGCAGAACAGCGUCCAAGAGUGAAGGGGCAGUUCGUUCGACAAGAAAAGCUCAAUCCUCGACCAGCAAUAGCCGGUGCGUUUUCAUAGUGAUUCAGCUGCUGGGUAGCUUCGCCAUUGAACAAGAGAAACUAAUCACGGUAGAGAGAUACUUCGAUAUCUAGUCGGUGGUUGACCUUUGUAGGUAGAUGCACUAACAUAGUAGAUAAUGAGUCUUGUUUGCUUCUUGUGCUUCUUUCCACUCUUCCCUCAGGGUACUCCACUUUUGGUGAAAUAAUUGUUGGUAAAGACCUCAAUGAUAAGUAGCCUGUGUAAUACACUCUUUUUCAUAUGUUUACCUAAAAGUGUUUGUUGUAUAUAUCCAUCCUUACCGUACAUUAUAAUAAGCUCAUUAGUUACCUUCAA